AUGGUAGAUUUGUUUUUAUCUAAACCAUGGUUUAAUUAUUAUUUUUUUGUGAGUGGAGUAAUUUUAGCGAACGCGUCACUUGAUAUUGCAUUCCAUGAUACUUACUACAGCAAUAACAAAUUUUCAUUAAUAUUUGAAUCUUUAAAACAGCCUUUAGCUUAUAUCAUUGGUUUAUUAACUUAUUAUCUUUUAUUUAUUCAUUAUUUUUAUUUACUAUUUUCUGAUAAUACAAAAGAAAAUAACUUUUCAAAUACUCUUAUUAACAUUAAUAAGUUUUUAGAUGAAAAAAGUGAAACAGAUAUAAAAAACUAUAUUGAACAAUUCUUUGUUGGAUUGCUAGAAGGGGAUGGUACAAUUACGGUUGAUUUUAUUAAUAACUGUAAGAAACGUGUAAGAAUAUUCAUUGCUCUGAAAAAUUUAGAAGAUAAUAGAUUUAUGCUAAAUCUAAUUGUAAAAUAUAUAGGUGGAAGAGUUGCUAUUGAACGUAAUAAUAGAUAUGUAACAUGGUAUGCAACUAAUAGAACAGAUCUUGCUAAAAUCUUCGCUAUUCUUGCUAAAUAUUCUUUACUGUCUACUAGAAAACAGUGUCAAUUAGAUUUUGCUAAAGAUUUCAUUAAUUCUAACCUAGAUAUAUCUGAACUAGAGUUUAAAAAAUUAAGAGAUGAAAAAUAUAAAAACCAAAAAACAAUGUUAGAUCUUAAUGAUAAAAACUUUUUAGUAAAAAAAGCUAACAAUACUAUUAAAUCUUCUCAAUUUAUUAUUGGACAAAAUUAUGAAAAAUACCUUUUAAAAGCUAUUCUAACCUAUUUUAAUCGGGAAAAUAAUAAAAUAGGUUUCACAUUGAAUAAAGAAGGUGUUACUUAUUAUAAAAUACAUGUGGGAGGUAAAGAUUUUCGUAGUUUAUUGGAUUCUCAUUUUAACUCUUAUCCUUUAUUAGGAAAUAAAAAUAGUUUAUAUAUAGAAUGA